UUGUUUUUGUAUUUACACUAUUCUUCUGACUUUAUAUUUCACCUAGCUGAUCUGCUAAUUCAAUUUUCAACCUUUGUGCAAUUAUAUCUAAAAUGGAGGGAGAAAAAGAUGAGAGAGAAAGAUUUAAGCAAGUAUAUCAACUACUCAAGACGGAAUUGCUAAAAGAUCCUGCUUUUGAGUAUGACCAUGUCUCCCGUCAAUGGCUUCAUCAGAUGCUGGAUUAUAAUGUUCCUGGAGGAAAAUUGAAUCGGGGGAUGUCUCUGAUUAAAACCUAUGAAUUGUUAAAUGACGGGAAACAAAUCCCAGAAGAUGGCCGUUUCCGUGCUUCUGUUCUUGGCUGGUGCAUUCAAUGGCUGGUGGGCUGUGUUCUUGUUCUUGAUGAUAUUUUGGAUAAUUCCCACACCAGGCGUGGCCGUCCUUGUUGGUUUAGAUUACCUAAGGUUGGCAUGAUCGCUGUGAAUGAUGGCAUUCUUCUUUGGAAUCAUAUUAACAGGAUUCUUAGGACAUACUUUAGGGACCAACCUUACUAUGCAGAUCUCCUUGAUUUAUUCAGUGAGGUAGAGUUCCAAACAACUUGUGGAGAAAUGAUUGAUCUGCUAAUUACACUCGAGGGGGAGAAAGAUUUGUCAAAAUUCACUCCAGCAUUUCAGCGACGUGUCAGCAAGUACAAGACUGCAUAUGGGACAUUUUAUCUCCCAUUUGCAUGUGCUUUGCUCAUGUUAGGUGAGAAGCUGGAUGAUUACAAUGACGUGAAAGACAUCCUUCUUGAGAUGGGCAUCUACUUCCAAGUACAGGAUGAUUAUUUAGACUGCUUUGGUGAUCCUGAAAUGAUUGGCAAGAUUGGAUCAGACAUUGAAGAAUUCAAGUGUUCUUGGUUGGUUGUGAAGGCUUUAGAAGUUUGCAAUGAGGAGCAGAAGAAAUUGUUAUGUGAAAAUUAUGGGAAAGCAGACCCAGUGAAUGUCGAUGCUGUGAAGUCCCUCUAUAAAGAUAUCAAUCUUCAGGACAUCUUUUCUGAAUACGAGAUUGAUAUAUAUGAGAAGCUAAUGGCCAGCAUUGAAGCUCUACCGAGCAAAAGCGUGCAAGCAGUGCUGAAGUCUUACUUAGGUAAAAUUUUCAAGAGGCAGAAAUAGGCAGAUGCUGAAUUUUGAAUAUUCAGUCAUUUUGGCUCUUAAGUCUCCAGUCCUGCUUUCAGUUGCAGUUCUGUUAGUGACGGGGAGGAGAUGGUUAGUCUUAAUUGACCGGUCAUGCCCUUGCAUACCCAUCCCAGAAGCUGCAUGAUGUGAUCUAUCACGCUGCAAAACUGGAAUUAAUCUUCAUAAGGGGUACAUGUUUUGCCAACAAAUAUUUUUUUGUUUUUUUAUACUUGUAUUUAAAAAGGAAAGGAAACAUCCAAGAGUCUUGUGAAAAAACCCAACACCAUAAUCAGAGUCAUUUUUGAAAAAACCUUAUACUUAUUUCAUACAAAGUAUAUGUUUAAAAUUAGAUUGCACAUUUUGACUCUCAACACUACUCACAUAUUCUACUUUGAGUAGCUUUGUGAUUUGUUGAUUAGAAAAAACAUAAUCAUGGGCAAUCUUAUUAAAAUUUUCUUUAUGUUUAUUUUCAA